UUACUCAACACAACCAAUGACUGGGACCGAUGGAUCUACCUCCAAAAGUCAGUCGCGCAACAGCUGUUUGUAUGGGAAUACUGCAACCCAGAGCUCUCAGCAGCCGAGGUGAGGAUACUAGGAGACGAACCAGUCGAACCAACAUACGACGAUCAUCAAUCCGGCGCUACUAAACCAUCUGAAAUGGAUGCGAAAAACCUAUCCGGCUAUACCGCCGACCACAAUCAAUGGGAGCGCAAAAUUACAGAAUACAAGACCCUGCGCAAAUCUCUAGCUAGGAUGGGCGCAGAGAUCUCUCGUACAAUCGCACUCCAGCACUACUUCUUGAUUAAGGAUCACAAUGAUGCCUACAACAAACUCGUAGCGCUCAAACGUCAACUAGCACCAACCAGCUCCAAUCGCCAAAGGAUACUUAUAGAGCAAUACCGAGCUCUUCAAAAGAAACCACGCAAGGAUUUUGACGCAUGGCUAAGCGAAUGGCUACAAACUGUCGGGCAGUACAGAAGAGCGAAUCUUCCAGAUGUCCAGGGUACCCGCGCGCAAACUGACUUGCUUCGUACUAUUAAGCCUUAAGCACUAGAGGCAUGAGGAACUGGA